GAGUCGGUGAGAGGAGGACGUACUGCGGCGGCGCUCCUACCCAUCUUACUCGUUCUACCUUACACAUUAACAAUUAGCGCAAUUCCUCUAAUAUCCAUGAAUGUAAAUGGCGAGUAAUUUACAAGCAGUGUAAAUACAAGGGCUGAUAGGCAGCGUGUCUCUCACACACUGAACAUGCCUCUCGUGAGAACCGUGGAGGAGUGAACAGUGGUGAACACUAUUGAACACCGGUUUGCGUCUCUCAGGCAGCCGGUUAAGACGGAUAAACGGUACAGGAUGCGGAUAGACGGAGAGAACGGUACACUUCUCUCUCCUGGCUCCUCCGCAGCUUCCAACUCUUCUGCAGUGACCACGACGAGGGAGGGACCAGGCCGGGCCACCCCUACCAAGGACCAAGGAGGUCGUGGACGCCAUCACAACCACGACAACCGCGAAGUCUUCAAGCGUGUCGCCUCCUCCGCGUCCUCCAAUAUCCCCGGAAGGUCCGUCUCCACCUCCCACAUCAGGAGAGGAACACACUACCAAUCCACGUCCAGCCUGUAUUCUGAUGGUCACAGCUCCUCCUCCGUUAGUCCCGCGCCCUCCCCAUCCCCAACCCAAGCCCAAACCCACGCCCCCACCCCCCACGCCCUCACCACCCACGCCCAAUACGUCAGGCACACGCCCACAUCCCCCUAUACGUCCCCCAUGCGCACGGCUCAAGUCGGGGCGCUGAGCAAGAGAUGGGCGUCAACCAGUGACUUCGCUACGCCCAAUCGUGUCACUCACGCCCAUUUUCCCACGCCCACUAACUCACAGCUUACCAGACGACCCAACAGCGGUUCUCUCCACAAUCUGACCAACCUGAGGAACGCCACCUCCCAGCUCAACCUGACCAGGCAUGGAGCUCGUGAAGCACAGUAUAACCCAGAUGAAGGCGUGGUGAAGCUAUACCUUCGUGGGCGGCCACUCAACCUCUAUGUUCCAACGUCCGUGCAAGAGACAUAUUCUCCAACCAGCCCCUCGGUGCCACCUGCAGCUAAACUGAAGUUAGAAUGGGUUUAUGGCUAUAGAGGACGAGACUGCAGAAACAAUGUCUUCCAGUUGCCGACAGGGGAGAUCGUUUACUUCGUCGCUGCGGUGGUGGUCCUGUAUAAUGUGGAGGACCAGAUGCAACGACAUUAUCUCGGUCAUACUGAUGAUAUUAAAUGCUUGGCGAUGCACCCCAACAAGCUACUCAUAGCAACUGGUCAGACUGCAGGACACGAUCGUCGAGAUGCCAGGUCCUGGCGGCUCAACCCUCCAGCAGACCACUUGAGCCCGGAGGCCGAGGAGUGGCCGCACGUGCGCAUCUGGGACAGCGUGAGUCUCAACACCCUUCAUAUUAUUGGAAUCAGUGACAUUGAGCGCUCUGUAGCCUGUCUGGCCUUCUCCAAAGCAGAUGGAGGAAGUCUGUUGGUGGCUGUAGACGAAGCUCCAGAUCACAACAUGUCUGUCUGGGACUGGUCUCGGGGAGAACGCGGCUACAAACUACUCGAAACUAAGUGCUCAGCUGACCAAGUACUGGCCGUAGACUUCUCUCCUGUUGAUCGCAGCACCAUCAUCACCUGUGGGAAGAACCAUAUUUCCUUCUGGAGUUAUGACAGUGGGAUGCUAGCCAAACGUAUGGGAAUCUUUGAGAAUCGUGAGCGCCCCAAAUAUGUCACAUCUAUAUCCUUCACUGAUGCUGGCAAUGUCAUUUCUGGCGACUCAAAUGGCAAUCUUCUAAUAUGGCAAAGAGGAGGCAACACAGUGUACAAGAUGGUACGUGGUGCCCAUGACGGACCAGUGUUUUCCAUCUUGGUACAGAAGGAUGGCGCCAUCAUCACAGGAGGGAAAGAUGGCCAGAUUGUCGAGUGGGACAGGGAGUUAGAACGCACAGGCAAUACUAUUGAGAUUCCAGAACAGUUUGGGUCACCUCGUGUGGUGACGUCAGGUCGGGGAACACAACUGGUGGUGGGCACCACUCGUAACUGUGUAUUGGAAGGAACAUUCACUUUCCCAAUGCGACCUGUUAUGCAGGGUCAUACGGAGGAGCUGUGGGCCCUGGCUCCACACCCGGGUCACCACCAAUUUUUGACUGCCGGUUAUGAUCGCACGUGCUACUUGUGGGACACUAUGGCACAUACCAUUGUCUGGAGCAAGGAUAUUGGUGAACCUGCCCAAUCCGCUGCUUUCUCGAACAAUGGCGAGAUUGUAAUAAUUGGUACAACAAGUGGACGAUGGUUCGUCAUGGAUGCCGAGACUAGGGAAAUGUACUCCCAGCAUCAGGAUGGAAAUGAACCUAUCCAGGUUGUAAAGUUCUCGCCAAAUGGGCAGUACCUAGCAGUUGGGUCCAGAGAUAACAAUAUCUACGUCUAUCAGGUCUCGGAAGACUGUCGCAAGUACACAAGGAUUGGCAGAUGCCAGGGUCAUUCAAGCUUUGUGACUCACUUGGAUUGGUCCGCUGAUAGCCAGUUUCUUCAGUCUAACUCGGGAGAUUAUGAACUGCUCUUUUGGAAUGGUGGACUGUGUCGGCAAAUUGUGCAGACGGCGCAGAUGCGCGAUGUGGAAUGGGCAAGCAACACCUGCACACUGACCUUUGCCACUCUGGGCAUCUGGCCUGAAGGUGCAGACGGCACUGAUGUCAACACCUGCACCAAAGCCAACCAUUCUUCAGUGUUAGCUACAGGAGAUGACUUCGGCAAAGUGAAAAUGUUUAACAGCCCUGCUUGUCACCAAAAGGCUCGAUGUCUGGAGUACAGCGGCCACAGCAGUCACGUGACGGCUCUUGGUUUCCUCCACGACGACUCCAGACUCAUUUCUACUGGCGGGAGAGACACGGCCGUCAUGCAGUGGGUGGUGUCAGCAACCUCUUCCUCUACCUCCUCACAGCACUGAGGAGAACAGGAGAAAGAAGGACACACAGAGAUCACAAUAACAUAAUGCAUCAAAUGAACAAGGCAGUGUCUGGGAUGCUCCCGGACGCAGGUUCGAAUCCUCGUCACGGCCCUUGUGAAUUUGUUCAGAAAGAAGGAAGUUGAAAAAUAAUUGAUUCUUGUAAAGCAAGACGAGUUAAAAAGUUUUUAGUAUAACUGACAAAGUGUGAUUAUUUUUGAAGAUGAAUGAACAGUGUUCAACUAUUUCUAUACAGUAUAUGGUUGUACAUAAUGAUGUGUUAUGUGGCAGAGUAUUAAUUUGUUUAAAUAUUUAUUUUUUUAAUUAACAUGAGAAAUUAUUUUGGGAAGAAAAUUAAAUUGGUCUGAGAAAUCAUUUGAAAGUAAAAUAAUAAUUUGUUUUAAAGAGUAAUAGUGUAAUAUUUAGAGCUCUGUUUUACUUCAGGAUUAAUGUGCGAUUAUUGACUGCAGGGUUGUGAAUGUGAUUGUGUUGCACAGCUGAAUGUUUGACGAUCACUAUCCUGAGAAACUUAAUCAUAUGCUCUUUAUAUAUAAUGUUUCAUUUGUAAUGGACAGGUUAACUUUUUACAUAAUAAUGAUAUUGUCUUCCUAAUUCUUAAGAGGUACAGAGAAGUAGAGAUGAAUACAAUUACUGUACUGGUAAAUAAUUACCUCUGAAGUUUCUUUUAUUUAUUCACUAACUUCUUGUAAAAGAUUUUUUCUCUAUAAUGUGAUUUUCAUAAAAUAUUCUCGAUAAUCUUUCCUGAAUUACAGAUGUUACAGAUUUUAUAUUGAUAUAUAGUAGUCAGAUCUUUUAUGUACUGUAUUCCGGAUAUGUACAAUGCUCCAUUGCUUCGGUUACAAUCAUGCAGCAUAUUUGAUGAGAGCACAUGAUCCUUUUCUUCAUAUAACAUUAAAAAUGUUAAUAUUUCUUUUGUUUACAAAAUUAAAAUAUUUUAGCAAUUUUAAUUUUGAGAAUCACCUUUGCUGAAACCCAAGACUACAGUGUCCUGUAAGGAGAAGUGAGCUUCCUAAAAUACAAUAGUCAUAAGUUGUUGUUUAAAUUCUAUUUUUACAAGCGCAAGAAUAAGCUAUUGUAUAAUUGGCUCCCUGUCAAUUUUGGGGUUUCCUGUUGACACGCUGUAUUGUCUUAUUAAACUGUGAUGCACGAUUGUGUUCACAAUUUCACAUUAGUGCCGAAUCGAUUAAUUUUUUAUUUUGUUUUGCUUGUGAGCCAUUAACCAUCGAGAGGUUAUAGGUUAUGUAGCUUACCGUCUGUACAGUGCAGAAGGAUGCGUGUUGCUAUAGCACUGGUCUUGGGUAUCCUGUUGAUAGAAAGUGGAUGAAAAUAUAUAGUUUGAUGCCUUCAUUAGGACAAUUUUAUGUUAAUUUUAUUAAAUGUAAAAUAUUUACUUUAUGUAUCUUAAUAUUCAUUUGCUGUGAGUUGAAAACAAAAACAAUUAUGUACAAAGAUUUUAAUUAAUCAAUUUUUUUUAAGAUUUUAAUUAAAUUAAUCUGAGAGUAAUACUCCUGAGAGUUAUAAUUACUCUCAGGAUUUCCAAUCAAGCAUAACCAUCACAGUACAAUAUUGUGGUGUAUUUAUCCACUUUUAAUCUUUGGGUUUUGCAAAUGAAGUUGUUGUAAUUGCUUACAUAGGAAAAAAUAAACCUUUAUGUGCAAAUCUUUGUUAGUAGAUAAAUGGAUUUAAACCAUAUUUUGCUCCUUAAUAGCAUUAUUAUAUGCACAACACUUUUUCUUAAGGAAUUUCAGCACUUAAAGUGUAUUUUCUCAGUAUAUUUAAGUUAAUCUUGUAAAUAUUGCACUUUCCCCCUAUCAACCAAAGUUUGAAAUAAAUCUUUAACUUAGAAA